GUGCUCACUUCGCCGGACCAGGGCGCUCUGCGGAGACACCCUCACUCCUUCCUGGGGUCUGGGACGCCUAGCCGGGCGUGGGGGGAAGCCCCGUUUGCGGGGUACAGGGAGGGAGGAGCCUGGAACCGGAGCCAGCGCCAGCCGUCGCCGGAUUGACAAGACAGGACAGGUUGAGGGGCGUCGGGGAAGGAAGAGGGGGUGCUGAAGGCAGUCCCCGGGAGGAAGAGGAAGCCCUGUCGCAGAAAGCUGGGAUGCGCUCUGACUUAUAGGGGGUCUGUUCACAUUUGGGGACCCGUGACACCGUGGGUGCACUCCUCUCUUGGGGGGCUGUUUGGAUUGGAGGGCGUGGGAUCUAAACAGUACCAGCUGUCCCUGAGGAAAUUAAGGGGCUGCCAGGAAAAAAAAAAAAACCAAACCCCAAAAACCAAUGCUCCUUAUUCCGAGGUGACAGAGGGCCCUCCAGACAACCACCUGGUGUAACCACUAGGAAGGGCGGAUUUGGAGGUGACUUCAAAAGGAGUGGAGGGUAACAAGGUGAGGAAAGGGGCUCAGCACCUGGAACCCUCUGCCACUAGAAAUGGGGGUGACUUGGUAAAUACUGGUAUUGUCCAGAGGCAGGGUCUGGGAACCUCUGCUUGCUGAAUGGGGACAGUCUGAAUAUCUCAAGACAUAGUUUUGGGGGGAUUUCAGUGAAAAAAGAGGGGGAUUCUUCACUUAGAGGGUGGCAAAGGAAAAGGCACUAAGGUUGGGUUCUUCACUGACAUUGGCAGCACCCCAGCAGGAGUGGGGUGAGCUAAUAUCUCCAAAGCUAAGGACCCACACCCUUAAGAUUAUAAGAGUGGCUUUGUCAGGAACACGGGGGCCUGGAAAUAGGGUGGAAAGGUGCCUGGGGAUAUUGGAACCACAUCUUGGAAAAUCUGAGGGUCCUGCAUUUGGGAUAAGGUUAGUGGGGGACAGGGACACUGGAGACUAGAAAAGGGAAGAGAUUUCUGUAGGUGGCAAAAGUCGAGGGUGGGGUCCAUUGAGAGGUACAUAGGCUGCUGGGUCCCACGAAGCUAGUGGGAGACCCAAGGGUGGGAGCUGGCGCCUGGGGUGGGGGUCCUCUAGGGUUUAUCCUCAGGUCCUGCGGAUAGGGCGAUGAGUCGGGACCGGAGCGUCCAGAGCAUGUCCUGGUGAGCGAGCGGGCUUCUCUGGGGGAGGGGGUGCUCAGCGCGCUCCAGGCACCUGCCGGUUUGGGGGUGUCUCCUCCCGGGGCGCCAUGGCGGCACUGGCCAGUAGCCUGAUCCGGCAGAAGCGGGAGGUCCGCGAGCCCGGGGGCAGCCGGCCCGUGUCGGCGCAGCGGCGCGUGUGUCCCCGCGGCACCAAGUCCCUUUGCCAGAAGCAGCUGCUCAUCCUGCUGUCCAAGGUGCGACUGUGCGGGGGGCGGCCCGCGCGGACGGACCGCGGCCCGGAACCUCAGCUCAAAGGCAUCGUCACCAAACUGUUCUGCCGCCAGGGUUUCUACCUCCAGGCGAAUCCCGACGGGAGCAUCCAGGGCACCCCAGAGGACACCAGCUCUUUCACCCACUUCAACCUGAUCCCUGUGGGGCUGCGAGUAGUCACCAUCCAGAGUGCCAAGCUGGGUCACUACAUGGCCAUGAACGCUGAGGGGCUGCUCUACAGCUCGCCGCAUUUCACAGCUGAGUGUCGCUUUAAGGAGUGCGUCUUUGAGAAUUACUAUGUCCUGUACGCCUCUGCUCUCUAUCGCCAGCGCCGUUCUGGACGGGCCUGGUACCUGGGCCUGGAUAAGGAGGGCCGAGUCAUGAAGGGAAAUCGAGUCAAGAAGACCAAGGCAGCUGCCCACUUUGUGCCCAAGCUCCUGGAGGUGGCCAUGUACCGGGAGCCUUCUCUCCACAGUGUCCCUGAGACCUCCCCUUCCAGUCCCCCUGCCCCCUGAAAUGUCAUCCCUGGACUGGAGGCUCCCUGCACUCACACGGAGCCAGCCACCACUACAGCCUGUCUCCAAGCCCUGCUCCCGGCCCUGCUCUCACCGCCGCUGCCACACGCAUGCCCUGUGCAGCCAGGUCCCACCAGGUGCUCUGCCCCGAGGGAGCCUAGGGGCCACUGUGACUUCUGGGCCUGCUGAGACCCUCAGACUCUUAGGCCCAGGGUGGGGAGUCAGAGAGGAAGAUGUCUGGAAAUGGUCCUGGCUGAUCACUUCUUUCCUUCCAUGCUCACACCCUCCAAAACCUUUUUCUGAGAUGGCGCUGGGGCUUCCAGAACUGACAGAACCAGGGCAUAAAUCCUCCCCAUCCCAGGCUCAGCCAGUUCCUGGAGCCCUUUGACCUUUUCAUUACCACUGAGCCAUAGAUCUGUGGGUCCACUGGCGCUCAGGAUCCCUCCUUCUUUGUCUACUCCACCUUCUGCCUUGGUCCAGGUUCCGGAACACAAGGCACCCUAGCCAGGACCACUUCUGCACUCAGGCUCUGUGCUGGAACACAGGCAUGCUGCCAGGCUCUGUUCUGGAUCCAUCAGGCUUCUGUCCUUGACCCAGAUGGACCCCUGACUUCAAAGUAGAGAGAGGCUGGAUUUGAGCCCUGUCCAGCUGUUGGCCUUGGCCUGAACUGGGACCAGUCUUAGAUCACCACAGUUUGAACUUUCUUAUCCCAGAGACACCCAAUUCUAGAGCAUGGUGUUCUAGACACAUACGGAGCCAUACUUCCUUCUGAAUCUUAGCUCUAGGACAUAGACCAGGGCUCUCAGCCCUUCCCUUCAGGAUGGAACGAGAGCCUAUAUAGCCGUAUUAUUGCUCUAGAGUAAGUUCUAGACCCAUGCUCCCACCUUCUCUAGUGAUACCUGUUAAGCAUGAGCUCUAGAAAGGACCCAGCUAUGAUUCACAAAAAACUAAGUUCUAGAUGGAUCAAGAACCACUUCUUGUUUUUCCUAGAUAAUUUUCUAAAACUCUUAGUCUUCCUGUAGAAUGCUAACCUUAUUUUUACACGCAGUUUCUAGUUCUUGCAGCUCAGUUGGGGUCCUGUUGGGAAACAGAGUCUGAGGAAGGGCAAAGGACUUUUGGAAGAAAUCCCUGGCUCAUAGUAGGGCAGCUAGGAUGGGGAAGGGACCAGAACCAUGGCAUGAUUGGACCUGUGCCUGGGUUGAGGGGACAUGAACACGUAGCUACCUCAGCAGGAAUUCCUUCCAGGUCCCCUUUAAAGCUGAGGUCUUUAGGGUAAUAGGUCUGGAAUAAAAAAGACAAAUGCGACAUAGCCUUGACUCCCACCCACCCACAAUGAGGAGACUCCAGUUCAGCAAUAAGCCCCACCCUUCUCCCCUACAGAUCAGGCUAAGGAGGGUGAGGGUCUCUUGGGUUCUAAACCUCAUACACCCCCACAAGCUUCUAACUGAAUAAAACUUGCUUUACCUUAGAGCUUAUAACCUCAGCUGGGUUUUAGGUACCCCAAAAGGGCCUGACUAGAUUUUUCUGAAAAAAUGCAGAGAGCUCGGGGCAGGCCUGAAAAAGAUCAGAAGCCCAUCAGUGAACUGGGACGGAUACUCUGGGUGGCGACAGAGUUGGGCAGAGUAGACUGAGGAGGCACUAAAGGGAGGGGCUAGGGCUCAGAGGCAGGUUGUGUUUCCUCAGGCUCUUUUUUACUUCUGGCUUGUCCUAAGAGGGGUGGAUGCUCCCCUCACCCACACAGACCCCGCUCAGGCUCCACCCAUCUCCUGGCUCUGCUCCCAGGGGACCGGGUCUCUACUCCACGCUUUCUCAAUUAAAGACGAUUUAUACAA